ACAUCUGCCCAGACCGGAUGACACAGAGCGACUCUGUUGUGUGUAGCAGACUCCACACUUGAGUGACAUUCCCUGCUGGAGCACUGGAGGAAGCCAGGAGCAUGUGUGAUCCCGUGAAGAACUUGGUUCAGAAGUUGCUGAAGAUUUUAUAGUGUCUGAGGGCUCUGCGUGAGGCCUUAGUUCUUCCUAAAAGGCUGAGCUGUGGGCCCGCCAUGGAUGAGAUACAGGAACCUCUAGCCUUGACUGUGCAUCUUCUUGCCGACACUGGGAAUGGUUUGCUUCUGCAGCAGGCUCUGGACCAACUCCUGGAUUGUAUCUGCCCAGAGGUGCGUCUCUUCCUGGUGUCAGAAAGGGCCAGGCCAGUGAAUUACCAUGAAAAGUACCACCCGCGGAAGGCCCGCUUCCCGGGAAUGUCUGUUUUGCUCUUCCUUCAGGAAAGCCUGGGACAGGAACGCUUGUUUCGAGUCAUGGACUUCCUACAACGUUCACCCUGGCAGGGUUUCCCUACCCAGCAUGCCCAGGGAAGGUCUUGUUCUUAUCUCCCUGCCAAUCAGGAAUUCUACAGUCUGCACAACCAGAUGCCAGUGUGGGGCAUGAGGCCGGUGAAUUGUGGCACUGACAUCCUCAGGGUGACUCUGUAUUGCAGUUUUGAUAACUACGAAGAUGCCAUCAGACUCUAUGAGAUGCUCCUACAGAGAGACGCCACUGUGCAAAAGAGCGACUUCUGUUACUUUGUCCUCUAUACCACGGAGGGCUUCAGCCUCCAGCUCUCUCUGAAGCAGCUGCCCCUGGGCAUGUCAGUAGAUCCCAAGGAGUCUACUGUGCUGCAGUUCAGGGUUCAAGAGAUCGGCCAGCUGGUGCCUCUUCUACCCAAUCCGUGUGUUCCCAUCAGCAGCGCGAGGUGGCAGACUCAGGACUAUGAUGGCAACAAGAUUCUGCUGCAGGUCCAGCCGAAGCCAGGGGUUGACGUUAAAAAUGGUGAGCAUCCCUUCUUGAACGGCUGCUUGAGAGGUGACACACAUCCACAGGACUCCAGGCUGAACAUCAUCUCCACACAGAGAUCCUUGGAGCCAAGGAGCCGGAGGAGGAGCAGGAGCUGGAGGUUCAAAGUACAUUCGCUGGAGCUUCCACAACCCAGUGGCUCAUGGGAAAACUCUACUGACCCUUUGUGGAGAAGGUCUGGCUGGUCCACCCUGGCCGACAGCUCCGCGUCAGGCAUGCAGCAGCGCCGACUGUCUAUCCCCAUAGAACCCAAGAUGGGAAGGAACGCUUUUAGGGAAGAUGGCUUUGAGAAGCUCGAGGCGGAGACAAAUGUUGACACUGGCUUCACCAUCAUCAAUUCUGAAUCCAGACGAUCUUUUCCGAGCAGAUUUCCCAGGGAUUUUCAGAGCAGCCAACCACCACGCUGCUUGUCAGGUUCUUCCUUAGAGGUAACUGCUUCGCCAAGCCAAGGAGUCUUUAAGGAUAGACUCCGCCCUCUGUCACUUCCUGGUCAAAGGGACUUUGGUGCAAAGAAGGUCAUCUCAAAAUGUUCCCAUCAUCUGCCGGUCCAGGGUGAAGAGAAAGAAGAAUUCUUUAUAUAG